AUGCGUACUCAGUUUCUCGUGCUCGCCUUCUCGGCAACCACUGCUCUCGCCAUCCUUCCAAUAUUUCCGCCAUUCGGCGUCUUCAAUCCAAUCGUAGAACGAGUCGUUGAGUACCGCGAUGACACCAAUACCGUGCAGCAAGGUUUUCUUGCUUAUCCAUACUGGUGCACUGCCUUCAGAAAACGCCCUGCCGUCAUCGUCUUCCACGCCUUCACCGGCCGCACCAAGUUCGACGAUGACAAGGCGAGAGAGCUCGCUCGUCUUGGAUAUGUAGCAUUUGCUGCGGACACUUAUGGCAAGGGAAAAGCUGCGGAUACUGUCGAUGGCAACUUUGCCAUCAUGGGCGCGAUGCUUCAGAAUCGGACGACGACUCUUCGAAGCCGAAUCAUGAGCUCGUGGAAUUAUGUGAACUCGCUUAAAUUUGUGGACACGUCGAGAAUCGGAAGCAUCGGAUUCUGUUAUGGCGGAUUGUGCGCUUUGGAUUUGGCUAGAUUUAAUGUCGGACUCAAAGCGGCCGUCUCGUUCCAUGGAACCCUGACGGAUUAUCCAGGAAAUGGAACAGAAUUGACAGCUUCUAUUCAAGCUCAUCACGGCGAUGAGGAUCCGCACACAACGAAUCAAGACGCUGAAGCCUUCAUCCAAGAAAUGCGUCGUAGAAAUGGCGAUUGGACAUUCCAUCGUUACGCCCACGCUCUUCACGCUUUCACACUUCCAGGAGUUGAAAACUUUGGAAUCCCUGGAGCCGCGUACGAUCCAAUCGCCGCCAAUCGCUCAUGGUCGGCGAUGGAGGCAUUCCUCGCCGAGAAGCAUCUCUAA